ACCCGCCCUUCUUCUGUGUGUGAGGCGAGGGCAGGCAGUGGUCAUCGCGACCUCCCGGCGUUUGCGCUUGGCCGAUGGCCCUGAACUGGUGCGCAGCGCGCGCUGUCGCUUCCCUACAGUUCGGCGGAUACGCAGAAAACCACUAGACCAAACAGACUUCUGGUGCUGCACUGGUCUUCAGAGAUGGCUGGUUCACUGAAUCUCCGAAUGACAAGAUGCACAACCAGAAAGGGAACAUUCAGACACACGCAGGGGAAUGCUGCCUCUGCAGGUUGCAGUACUGAAGUCCUGGCAGGGAUUUGUUUGGGGUAAGAAAAGCUGCAGUAACUGCUGAUGAUGAGAGUUGCAGUCCCUGGUGGCAGGGCACCAGCGCCUGCAGAUCUGCAUGUGGAAUUCUUAUAUCUUCAAACUGAGUGUAGAUACUUGUUGAUGUGGUGGUGGUGUGCAAGAUGAGAGAUGCAAAAUAGGUGUAAGAGCAUUAAGCUUCAAUGUGCAACAACAGCAUGUCGUUACUCUAUCAAAUGUUGGCUGUAGCUUUUGUUCAGAUCUUCAUAGUCUCCGGCAAUUGGAUUCUAGCCAAGAACAUCAACUUCUAUAAUGUGAGACUUCCAGUAGACCCUACUCCAUUUCCAAGCAGCUUCAAAUGUUUUACUUGUGACAAUGUGGUUGACAAUUACAACUGUAACCGAUGGGCUGAAGAUAAAUGGUGUCCUCAGAACACAGAGUACUGUUUGACUGUCCAUCACUUUACCAGCCAUGGAAGGAGCACCUCUGUCACAAAAAAAUGUGCUACCAGGGAAGAAUGCCAUUUUGUCGGCUGUCACCAACACAGAGAAACUACUCGCACAGAAUGCAUCUCCUGCUGUGAAGGGAUGAUCUGCAAUGUAGACAUACCAACAAAUCAUACCAAUGCUGUAUUUGCGGUUGUCAACACACGGAGGACAUCAGACAGCAGCAGACAGGCUCUUAGUAACCUGUUGCUGGUUUCAAUCACUGUCGCUUUUGUGUUAUGACAUGACUCUUCUUGUCAGUUGGAAUUAAUUUGUCACCUGGAGCUAAAUGAAUACUGUCUCAGAUGGUGAUGAAGAAGAGGAAAUUUUCUGAUAUCUGUUGUGCAAGAAAAAAAAAUAGAAGGAUGCUGUGUUCUGUUGUUUUUGAAGACUGCUCCUCUUAUAGCAGAGACACUAGCAGAUGCUUGUACAUAGUAUUCAAAAGAUCAAGCAUGAUGACCAAAUGUUGUAUUGACUUGACUUGUUAUUGUAAUUCUAGUCAGUGGAAGAGUUUCUAGUUAAUAGAAGAGGUGAUAGUAGAAUUUGUGCAUUUUGCGCAUUGUCGUAACAGGGAAUUCUUGGAAAUUUGUAAGUAUCAACAAAUUGUUCCUCAGCAGAAAUUACUGAUUCUUGUCUCUUCUAAUGUGGAGGUGAAGCGCUGAACUUUUGUGUCAAAAUUCUUCCUAAUCUUGGUUUUAAAAGUAAACAGUCAAUUUGCUUAUGAUGAGUAGUUAAAAUGGACAAAACAAUGGCAUGAGAUAAAACAUCCUUUUUGUUGGGACACCAAGCUACACCAAAGCAAUAAAAAUGUGAAUUGUGUUGAGUUGCUCUUGCUACACCAGUUCUGCAAUAAUAAAUUAUGCAAACAUUCA